AUGCUAUCUAACGCCAAAGCUUUUACCCUUGUCUCCACUCUCUUCUUCGUUACCAUCGUCAAUGCCCAUGGACAUGUAGCCAAAUGGACUUUGGCAGAUGGUGAUCACGCCGGUUUCAACCCUUCCAACGCAGCUGAGCUAGGUGCUACAGCCGAAAGGCCUACUGACAACCAAGAUCAAGGUUUUGCCGAUUAUACAUCCACUAUAGUUGCUUGUGGAGGUGCGUCUCCCGGGUCUGGCCUCGAGACUUGGGAUAUCACUGCUGGGGAUUCCGUAACGGCUCAUUGGAAUACUUGGCCAGACUCUCACAAAGGUCCGGUGACCGAAUACAUGGCUGCCUGUCCCUCGACUGGAUGUGACGGAGUCGACGCAUCAUCGCUACAGUGGUUUAAGAUCGCGGAGGACACUUUUGAUGGUUCGAAGUGGCCCAGUGACACCAUCGUUUCAACUUUGGCAUGGACUUUCAAUAUUCCUACCGAGCUCGCUGCUGGUGCCUACUUAGUACGACAUGAGAUUUUGGCCAUGCAUACGUCCGGCGCUCCUCAAGUCUACCCCGUUUGUUUUCAAGCUAACCUGGCCUCCUCCGGGUCUGUCGUUCCGACCCAAACUACUGCAUUCCCCGCCGCUUACGAUACCAACGAUGAUUUUAAAACCUGGAACAUUUAUAACGAGGACAACAGCCAGUUUGUACCUCCUGGACCAGCUGUCUUCAAUAGCGCUGGGUCUGGGUCGCUUUCCGGUGCUCCAGUCUCUUCCGCUGCCUCCACGUCUACUGUCGCUGCUCCUACUUCCCCUGCGUCUUCUUAUCCACCAACCUCCGCUGCAAGUACUGUCACUUCAUCUGAGGCUGAAGAAGCCACCGGAGCAACCUCCUCCACCACUGACGAUUCUGCCUCUGACGUCACCGCCACUACAGCCUCCGAUGCAGAGACAAUGGCGACCUCUUACGCUGAAAGCACCGCGGUUGAUACCUCCGCCACCGUCUCGUCAUCGAGUGCUGCAGCUACUGCUGGCCCCACGACUGGUCCAGGAAACGCUGAAAUGGGAGGCGCUGCUCCUCCAGUAACCCAAAACGGAAGCAGAUGGGAAACUCUCGGCGGAAGCUACAACGAUGAGCAGAGUGCUGUAGUGGCAAGCUGCAUGGCUCAGAUGAACCGAUGCAAAACUUGGGCUAAUUCUCAGCCCAACUCGGAAGUUUCGGCCGCUUUGACCUCGUGUGAUACUCAAGAGUCUACUUGCGAGUCUACCGGCGCUUCGAGCAAGAGGGCAAUCGUUAUGAGCCGAUAUGCUAAGAAGGGUCUUCCAUUUUCCUAG